AUGACCGACGCCAAGACAGCUGAUGCGGUGUACGCGCAGAUCGGCAAGCUGCGAGAGAUGGCCAAGAACAAGAGCGUCGAUAUUCCGGAGAAUCCUUACGUAGCCACACAUGAGAUCGCCACAGCCCUACUAGCGUCAAAUGGUGAUGAACAGGGUGCGAUGAAGAAGAUGAUGGCAAAAUUUGGUCGAAACAAACGAUCGCUUCCGUCGGAGUCGAACCCAAGUAGUAAAAAGACGAAGCAGUCCAUGCCUCCCCACAAGACCAUCCGUUUGGUCGAAGAAGUUCGUGAGAAGAAAGCUGCAAACUCUGCGAACCAGAAGAUCGUGGAUGCACUUGUCGAUUAUGGUGAAGGGCAACUUGAUCACGGACACACGGGCAAGGGGGUCUCCCAUCUUCGUGCUGCACUCCACAUUAGAGACCACCCGACUGCAAUCAAGUCGUCGAAAGAAGCACGUGCUGUGCCUAUGGUGGGCGACAAGAUCGCUGCCCAGAUCGAGGAAAUCAUGGCCACUGGGAAGGUGAAAGACACCACUGGUGACCAAAAUAUCAGCACGGACGUGGAAGACCACCAACGUCCUGAACUGGUGGUGGAGAUCCACAAUUCUCGAGCCAAAUGUCCAGAGAACCAGCCGUUGGUACAAGAGUUGACGAAGUUUGGAGAACACGAACUCUACUUCGGUAGUCCUGGUAAAGGAACGAGUCACCUUCGUGCAGCACGCGAGAUUCAACUCGCAGACCACGUGAUCAAGUCUGGGUCCACUGCCCGAACGAGUGUUCCCUUGGUUGGUGAUGUUAUAUCUGACAAGAUUGACCAGAUCUUGGAGCAUGGUCGCAUCGUCAAGGACACGGGGGAGACGACUGGGUCUCGUAGCUACUCGCGAGGUAGUGGAGGUGGCUAUACCCUCGCCCCGAUUGUCAAGGACUUGCGUGAAAAUCCUGCCAAGUGUUCAGAGAACCAGUCGAUCGUGGAUGCUCUGAUCGACUACGGUGAUAGCCACUUGAAUUCGGGUCAUAGAGGCAAGGGCAUCUCGCAUUUGCGUGCAGCUCAAGGCAUUCGGGACUCCGAGACAGUGGUGAAGUCGGGGAAGCAAGCCAGUAAGGAUAUCGGGAUGGUUGGUCAACGUAUUGCGGCUAAGAUCGACCAGAUCAUCCAGCAGGGUCACGCUGACAGCGACGAAGACUACGAGUACGACGCAGAAGAAGAGGAAGAAGAGCAGAGUGAAUAUGGUCAGCGUGAAUACGACUCGGUGGUGCCACCUAUCGUGAAGGAUGUAACCAGCAAGCCAGCGCAAGUUGAGAAGAACCAAAUUCUAGUGGAUGCACUGGCCGAGUACGGCGAGGAGGAGCUGUAUAAGCGCCACACUGGUCGAGGCACAGCGUUUCUACGUGCAGCACGCCGCCUUCGUGAUGCUGACGUGGCGGUGAGAAGUGGUCAAGAAGCGAAGAAGCUGGGACGCAUUGGCGACAAGGUGGCGGGAUACCUUGACACGAUGUUGGCGCACUAGCUCAACAUCCUUUUUUGAUUUGCCAGCAUCGAGAGAGAGAAGACAAGCGUAGCGAAGCGUGCUGGUAACAACGUCGUUAUGAAUAUUUUAUAUUCUCA